ACCUACAUGGACCACUUGUUCAUCACCAUGCAGCCAGCCACAGGAUGCGUAUAGCGAUUCACCAAUCCGAACUUGGAAAACAGAGGCGCGUAACGUACGGUAUCCCUCUAUAUAGAGUAUCCAUGGUGUCAACGGCGGAGUGAGCCGCCGAUGGACUCCGUUUCUGGCGGAGAAGACGCGGAAGCCACGAUCGUCGUGCUUGAGGCACUGGCGCACUCGCUGGAGCGGAUGGUGGUCCGCAACGAGCUGGUCGCCAGCGAGGAGGGGACAGAGGCGGAGAAGAAGAGUAGGGGGCUCGCGGCGUUCCGUGGAGCGCAGCCUCCGGGGAUCGACCUACGGAAGUAUAUGGAGCGGCUCCAUCGGUACACUCGGUGCAGCGCCUCGUGCUUCGUGGUGAGCUACGUGUACAUCGACCGAGCUGCACACCAGCAUCCGAGCUCCGCAGUUGUCUCGCGCAACGUCCACCGCCUCGUCCUCACCGGCCUCCUCCUCGCCUCCAAGUUCCUCGACGACACGCAUCGCAACAACGCAUUCUUUGCGAAGGUGGGAGGUGUGUGCAAUGGGGAAUUGAACCGAAUGGAACUAGAGCUGCUCUUUUUGCUUGACUUCAACCUGGUGGUUGGUUGGCGCGAGUUUGAGACCUAUUGCCGCCAUCUAAAUGUGGAUAUGGGAAAGCUGAUGCCGACGAAGGAUGUAGAGACUCGCGUUUCCACCAAAAUAAUUAAUACUGAUCAAGUCGAAGUUUUUCUCAAUGGACUCGCUCCUUCUGCCUCGCAUCGCCGUUCUAUAGAUUUGUGAAGAUGCUCUCCUCUUACAAACUGGUUGGCUUCCGUGUACAAAUUCUUGAUGAUCGAGAACAAAGUAAUGUCUCAUGAGUUUUAUUUUAUUUUA